AUACACGAGAGCCUAUGAAUGAGAUCACGAAAGAGACACCUGGUUCUCCAAUAGCUCAACAGAAUAUUGAGACUCCAGUCCUUACUCCAAUUCAGACGCAGCAGGAGACUCACGAGCUUAUGAAUGAGAUCAUUUCACCAAACAUUUCCGACACACAGCCAAAUACCCGAGCUCGCAGAAAUCUUUUAACAGAGCAAAAUAAGGAUGUAGAAAGCAGAGUUCAAAAUCCCUUUGAGAUCGGAGCAAAUGUGGAGAUUUCAUCACAAGAUGACAAUACUUGUCAUAAAUGGUAUCCAGGAAAUGUGUUGGCAACAUAUUUGGUUGAUGGGGUUGAGAUGGUGAAAGUUGAGUACUCCGUCCCGUCUCUGGACGAAAAGAAGAGGAAAAGGAGUGUUGAGACACGUGUAUCAAUUGACAGAAUACGUCCUCAACCACCACCUGAGAGAACUGGAGCGAAGAAAAGUUAUGAGCUAAUGCAGGACGUGGAGGCGUUCGACGAUGGUGCCUGGUGCGCUGGAAAAGUUAAAGUCAUUUUGUUUGAUAGCUCGUGUUUUGUCGCUUUGAACAAUUCUAAACAAGAAAUUUACUUCCACCAUUCUGAGAUUCGAAAACCAAGAAAAUGGGUAGAUGGUGUUUGGGAGAUGACAAAAAAGAAGGAAGAAGAGCAGACGCAGAGUGUGAAUCCAAGUGAAGGAGAUGGUGAUAAAAAGGGGAAGGGGAAGGCUGUCGCUUGUAAGAAAAAUGAAGCAGCUGGUCCAUCAGAAGAUGUUGUUGGGAAAAUGGCAAAAGAGAUGGAAGUAAAGCAGGGUAAGAGUGUGAAACCAAGUCAAGACGAUCAUGCAAAAAAGGGGAAGCCACAUGUUGGUAAGAAGAAGAAAGCAAAUGCUCAGCCAGUAGAUUUGCUUCCUUUUCUACAGCGAGAAGAGAAGAGGCCAAUACGACCUAGAAACCCUCCUAUACCUGUAACACCUGAGGUAAUCCUUCCAAUUGAUCCAUUUGUGACACCUGAAUUUCCUCGGUUUUCAAGGCUUGCACACUGGAUGGAUCUACGGGGCAUAUAUCGUGUGUAAGCAACUUUUUGUCCUCGCAUAAAUAUUCCUAAUUUAUUUUGUAAAAGUUUCGAUUGAUACUAGUUAAUUUUAUCAACUACAGACCGUUUUAUAUCAAUGGAAAAGAAAUUGAAAAAGAGUUCUUUCAAAAAAUGGACGAUGCAGAAAAAAAUCUCAACAAAGAGG